GUUCUGCCGGCGCCAAAGGAGUCUGCGAGCUUUCCUCUUACACUGAAAUCAUGCUGUAUCGGCCUACAACCCGCUGGACAUGGGUUUUUUUCCUGUGCCUCCUCCUGGAAUCCCUAGUAGUCAUGGCUUUGGAAAUCGCUUGUUUUAUAACAUUCACAACUCGACUAAGACCGAAGGCGGAUCAAGUGUCCGCAAGUCGGAUUCUUCAUUCCUUCCUAAGCCUUAUCAUCAUAGGACUUUUCUAUCGAUCGGUUCUUGCCUAUGAUAUGCUAGCCCAGCAGAAUACCAUCCAGAUAUAUGGAAUUUGCGUCUACUCCAUCGUUCUAUCCGUACUAAGCGGCUUGCAGUAUAGCCAAUUCUUUCCUAGCACCGCGGUGCUAUCUGAUGGUUAUGCCAUGGACGAUUACCCAUGGCCGAUAUACAACGGCACUCUGAUUACCAUUAUUGUUUUAUCCACCAUGUCUUGCUGUUGGAUUCUUCCCGUUGGAUGGAAACUGUCUGAAGAAUUUGCCUGGGUGGUAUUCCAAAAAGUGGAAGCCGAUAUACCUAUGCGAAGCCGAUAUUGGACUUUUCAGAUUUUAAUCUCCAUUUUGAAGUUCGAUGUGUUCUUCUUUCUUGGUUUCAUGGUGCAGGCAGUAGUUAUCCAGACUGAACGGGCUGACCUUGCAUGGAGAAUGACAAUAGUUGUCAUUCCACUGUCUUGUGUGCUUCUUUGGGUGACAGCCUCUUCUGUAAGGCACGAAAGCAGAACUUGGACCUUAGCUGUAUUUGCGUCUCACAUUGCCCUGGAGGCUUUUUUUGUCUGGUGGUUUGAGCGAAUAUUUUCCCAAAGAUCAUAUGAAGACUUUUUUCCGGCAAGAAAGAGUCUAGCAUUGUUUGGGGGUCUGUCCUCUUUCCUCUCCCUUGCUACUAUUAUUAUGAUUUACAUGUGUUUCAAAAACUUUGGCAAAGGUCUAAAGCCAUAUGUCUGCGGUGGGAAAGAGGCACGAAUUAUGGGAGAAAGAUUCGAAACUUCCUUACGCCAAGAAUAUUCGCUGGUGGCACAGGCAUAAAACUACUGCCCAGACUAUGGAGUGGAUUGAAGUGUCAGACAUAGCUCUAUUACAACGGGAAGGAAGAGGGU